AUGGCCUGGUAUAGCAGGAUUAAUGACUACCUGCUUAGUUUAGACUUUGUGAGGAGUCCUAAUAAGCACACUCUAUACAUUAGAGAAGUCGAAGAUGAUGUGAUGAUCAUUUCUCUGUAUGUGGAUGAUCUUUUAGUGAUUGGAAGCAAGCAUGAUCAAGUGGAGGAAUUCAAAAAAUCCAUGCAUAGUGAGUUUGAGAGGACAGACUUAGGGGAAAUGUCAUACUUUCUUGGGAUGGAGAUUGAUCAAGAUGCAGAUGGUAUUUUUGUGAAUCAAAGGAAGUAUGCAAGUGAAGUCCUUAAGAAGUUUUGCAUGGAGAAUUGUAAACCAAUGGACCUACCAUCGGUUCCAAAUAUGAAGUUAUCAAAGAGUGAUGAGCCUGAGAAGGUUGAUGAAGGAUUGUAUAAGAGCUUGAUUAGUUACCUACUGUACUUGACAGCAACCAAACCAGACAUAAUGUAUGCUACAAGUUUGCUGUCCAGAUUUAUGGGUCAACCAACCGAGACUCAUUUCAAGACAGCAAAAAGGGUGCUGAGAUAUGUGAAGGGCAGCACUGACUUUGGGGUACGGUUAAGGAGAUCAGAAGACUUUAAAUUGGUUGGUUUUUCUGACAGUGACUGGGCUGGUUCAAUAGAUGACAUGAGGAGCACUUCAGGGUAUGCAUUUUUCCUUAAUUGUGGUGCAAUUUGCUGGCUUUCCAAAAAGUAA